AUGACUUUGACAGCAUCAUGCACUAUGCUAGGAACACGUUCUCCAGGUGAUAAUUCAAGAGGAGUUUUCCUCGACACCAUCCUUCCCCGCCGCGACGACAACGGCGUCCGGCCGACCAUCGGUCAGCGCGUGCGCCUGAGCCAGGGGGACAUCGCUCAGGCAAGGAAGUUGUACAAAUGCCCAGCUUGUGGAGAGACCUUGCAAGAUUCAACAGGUAAUUUCUCAGCCCCUGGCUUUCCAAAUGGCUACCCCUCCUAUUCCCACUGUGUCUGGAGGAUCUCAGUGACCCCAGGGGAGAAGAUUAUGUUAAAUUUCACAUCCAUGGACUUAUUUAAAAGUCGCCUUUGCUGGUAUGAUUAUGUGGAGGUGCGUGAUGGCUACUGGAGGAAGGCUCCGUUAUUGGGUAGAUUUUGUGGUGAUAAGAUUCCUGAACCAGUAAUCUCCACGGACAGCAGGCUGUGGAUCGAGUUCCGGAGCAGCAGUAACAUCCUGGGCAAAGGCUUCUUUGUGCUCUAUGAAGCUAUUUGUGGUGGAGAAAUACACAAAGAUGCUGGCCAGAUCCAAUCUCCCAAUUACCCAGAUGACUACAGACCUUCCAAAGAGUGUAUCUGGAAGAUCACAGUUUCUGAGGGUUUUCACAUAGGAAUCACCUUCCAAGCCUUUGAGAUCGAAUGGCACGAUGCGUGCUCCUACGACUACCUGGAGAUCCGAGACGGCCUCACGGAGCAGAGCCCGCUCAUCGGCCGCUUCUGUGGCUAUGAGAAGCCAGCAGACAUCAAAUCCAGCUCAAACAAAGUAUGGAUGAAGUUUGCAUCUGAUGCAACCAUUAAUAAAGCAGGCUUUGCAGCAAAUUUCUUUAAAGAGAUGGAUGAAUGUUCUCUGCCAGACAAUGGUGGGUGUGAGCAGCACUGUGAGAACACACUGGGCAGUUACAAAUGCACCUGUGAGCCUGGCUAUGAGUUGACAGCUGAUAAAAAGAGCUGUGAAGCUGCCUGUGGGGGCUUCAUCACCAAGCUCAAUGGGACCAUUACUAGCCCUGGAUGGCCCAAGGAAUAUCCUACUAACAAAAACUGCGUCUGGCAGGUGGUAGCUCCAGCCCAGUACCGGAUCUCUCUGCAGUUCGAAGUGUUUGAGCUGGAAGGCAAUGAUGUCUGUAAAUAUGACUAUGUUGAGGUUCGUAGUGAGCUGGCUUCUGAUUCCAAGCUACAUGGCAAAUUCUGUGGCUCAGAGAAGCCUGAAGUAAUCACAUCAUAUGGCAACAACAUGAGACUGGAGUUCAAAUCUGACAACACGGUCUCCAAGAAAGGCUUUAAAGUUCACUACUUCUCUGACAAGGAUGAAUGCUCCAAAGACAAUGGUGGUUGCCAGCACGAAUGUAUCAACACCUUUGGGAGCUAUAUGUGCCAGUGCAGAAAUGGCUUUGUGCUGCAUGAAAACGGCCAUGACUGUAAAGAAGCUGGUUGUGAGCACAAGCUGAGUGGUGCAGAGGGAAUGAUGAGCAGUCCCAACUGGCCUGACAAGUAUCCCAGCCGGAAAGAGUGCACCUGGGACAUCUCUGCAACACCUGGCCACCGAGUGAAAGUAACCUUCAAUGAGUUUGAGAUGGAGCAGCACCAGGAAUGUGCCUAUGACCACUUAGAAAUGUACGAUGGGCCCAACAGCAAGUCACCUAUUCUUGGCCGCUUCUGUGGCAGCAAGAAACCAGACCCUGUAGUGGCUUCUACCAACAAGAUGUUCCUCAGGUUUUACUCCGAUGCUUCUGUGCAAAGGAGAGGUUUCCAGGCAAAGCACAGCACAGAGUGUGGUGGGCUCUUAAAGGCUGAAGUACAAGCUAAGGAUCUGUAUUCCCAUGCUCAGUAUGGGGACAACAACUACCCAGGUCAAGUCAACUGUGAAUGGGUGAUUGUAGCUGAAGAUGGUUAUGGAGUGGAGCUAAUAUUCCAUAUAUUUGAGAUAGAGGAGGAGGCUGACUGUGGGUAUGACUACAUGGAGAUUUACGAUGGUUACGACAGCACUGCACCCCGUCUGGGACGCUUCUGUGGCUCGGGGCCUCUGGAAGAAAUCUACUCUGCAGGGGAUUCCAUUAUGAUUCGAUUCCAUACAGAUGACACCAUCAACAAGAAAGGAUUUCAUGCCCAAUACAUAAGUACCAAAUUUCAGGAUGCGUUGCACAUGAGAAAAUAGUUUGACUGCUGCUCAGAGAUAUUCCCCAUGUGAAGACUGAGACAUUUAACUGUGAUCUUUGUCUUUUUUUUUUAAAGCUUCUGUGCACUUGGCCAAAAGCAGUGUAUAUUAUUUUCUGUAACUAAAACUAAAUCCAGUCUCAAAGGUUUGCCUCUGCAAUUAUUAGCAUGACCCUUUCUUGUUAACCUACCCAGGACCAAAAAAUUGUCUUUUAAUCAUACCUGCCAGGGCAUAAACAUUGUAUUUUGCACAACUUGCCAUGGGGCUGAAUGAAGACUGAACUUGAAUUGAGAAUAGCCUUCAUCUCUUGCAUAUCUUGUUUCUAGGUGACAUUUCCCAAACAUCCACAUGAGCUGUCUGAACGUAUUUUCUGGAGCAAGUGUUUUGGACAGACAUCCAGUAGGAUUUUUUGAAAGGACUUUGUGGGCCACCCACUCUCCCCUGCCUGCCCCAACU